CUGGGGCACCCAGUAGCAGCAUCCUCCCGGGGCGGCCGCCGGCUCUAGGAGGGUUGACAGCAGCACCGGUGCAUGCGUCCGGCGGGGGCAGAGGGAAGUGAUGAGAAGUUGAGGGAGGACGGAGCGAGGGUGCCCUCUCCUCUCUGCACCGCAGGGCAGCGCAGCCCCGCAGCAGGUGCAGCAAAGCCUGGGCGCAGGGGACGAGGCGGGCCCGGCGCGCCUGGCGCAGCAGCGGAGGGGCUCCGGCGGGAGCAGUACCUCAGGCCGGACCGAGCCGCGCAGACCCCGCGCCCUCUCCACUGACGGGGAAAAAAAGAGCGGCAAGCGGAGCCCCGAGCAGCGGGAAGCGACUUGCUCUGGUCUGCUCGUUACCAGAGGCAAAAACACGGAGAAACAGCCCUGAAGGGAGAGAGCUAUGAAGCCGUACACUCCAGCUCUCAUUCUCCUGUGGAGCGCUGUUGGGAUAGCGAGGGCUGCCAAAAUCGUUGUUGUGCCGCCAAUUAUGUUUGAAAGCCAUCUUUAUAUUUUCAAGACUCUGGCCUCAGCCUUGCAUGACCAAGGUCACCAGACAGUGUUUCUCCUCUCUGAGGGCAGAGAUAUUCCUCCAUCUAAUCACUAUAGACUUCAGCGUUACCCAGGAAUCUUUAACAGCAGCACCUCGGAUGAUUUUCUCCAGUCCAAAAUGAGGAGUAUUUUCUCUGGGAGACUGACAGCCCUGGAACUGUUUGAUAUCCUGGAUCACUAUUCCAAGAACUGUGACAUGAUUGUUGGCAACCAAAACCUCAUGCGUGUCCUGAAACAGGAAAAAUUUGACCUGCUCCUGGUAGAUCCUAAUGAGAUGUGUGGAUUUGUGAUAGCUCACCUUUUAGGGGUUAAAUAUGCUGUCUUUUCAACUGGCCUUUGGUAUCCAGCAGAAGUAGGUGCUCCAGCUCCCCUGUCUUAUGUUCCAGAAUUUAACUCGCUACUCACAGAUCACAUGAACCUGUUUGAGAGGAUUAAAAAUACUGUUGUUUAUAUUAUUUCAAGAUUUGGAGUCAAUUUUUUGGUUCUGCCAAAAUAUGAAAGGAUAAUGCAGAAAUACAAGGUUCUGCCAGAACGGUCCAUGUAUGACUUGGUUCAUGGAUCCAGCCUGUGGAUGCUUUGUACUGAUGUAGCACUAGAGUUUCCAAGACCCACGCUACCAAAUGUUGUUUAUGUGGGAGGAAUCCUAACCAAACCGGCCAGCCCUCUGCCAGAAGAUCUCCAAACAUGGGUGAAUGGUGCUAAUGAAAAUGGCUUUGUCCUCGUCUCAUUUGGAGCUGGAGUGAAAUAUCUGUCUGAAGAUAUAGCAAAUAAGUUAGCGCAUGCCUUGGCAAGACUGCCUCAGAGAGUUAUUUGGAGGUUUUCAGGAAACAAACCAAGGAAUUUAGGCAACAAUACAAAGCUUAUAGAGUGGUUACCACAAAAUGACCUGCUUGGUCACUCUAACAUUAAAGCCUUUCUUAGUCAUGGUGGUUUGAACAGCAUUUUUGAAACCAUGUACCACGGGGUCCCUGUGGUGGGAAUUCCCCUUUUUGGAGAUCAUUAUGAUACUAUGACUCGAGUGCAGGCUAAAGGCAUGGGAAUCCUCUUGAACUGGAAGACUGUCACUGAGAAUGAAUUAUAUGAAGCACUAGUAAAAGUUAUUAAUGACCCCAGCUACCGGCAACGAGCCCAGAGGCUGUCGGAAAUUCAUAAAGACCAACCUGGUCACCCCGUUAACCGGACUGUGUACUGGAUUAAUUAUAUCCUCCGGCACAACGGAGCACAACAUCUACGUGCCGCUGUUUACAACAUCUCUUUAUAUCAGUAUUUCUUACUGGAUAUUGCCUUUGUUGUACUAGUGGGUGCUGCCUUAUUUUAUUAUGUUUUGGCCAGGAUAACAAAAUUUAUCCGCAAACAGAGCAAACAUCUUUGGUCAAGUGAUGAACAUAGCACUGUUAAUGGACAUUACCAGAAUGGGAUACCAAAUGGAAAGUAUAGAAGAAACGGCCACAUUAAACAUGAAAAAAAGGUGAAAUGAGCCAACCACCCCAUGUAAAGUAGUAACGAAUCAGAUCAAAUAUCGAAUUUUAUUGCUGUAACUUAGUCUAACAACUACUUAAAACCUCAAUAAGCAGUUCUAACACUCCCCUACAGUAUGUAAUCUUACGUGACAAAAUUCUACAGAACUAAGAGAAGUCUUUAAAAAAGAAAAGAAAAGAAAAAAAGAAAGCACAACCUAAAUGGAAAGUGUGUUUUAUUCUUAAUGCUGAUGCAGAGAGGUUAUUUUGGCACUGAAGUUUUUAGAAGCCUUAAUUCUCUAAAGUUAUAUAAUGACCAUAUUUAUGAAUUUUCAGUUUUUAAAGGCUAAAUGUGUGUGUCCCAGAUGAGGAAAGGUUUCUUUUUAUUUACAAAGGGUUUUUUCCUUUUAUUUUUUAUUAUCUUAAUGUGUUCAUCCUUUUGCUGAGAGGACUUUAGUGCUAGCUCUGUUAUAUCUGUUGACAGUUCAACAAGUUGUCUAAGAAUGAUGUUCUAAAAAAAAAUUUUCCCAAAGAAAUAGCAAGUUGCAGACUGAGAACACAAACCUGAAAAAAAGUCUUAACAUGAGCACUGAAGAAAAUUUUAAAAUGUGUACUACCUUUUUCCUGAUAAACUGCAUGACUCUUCUGCUCUAUACCAUUACUUCAGAGAUAAGGGUAUUGAGCAAGUCUACAAUAAGUCUUAAUUUUUAAUUUAUAUAAAAUUUUACUUGUUGUCUUUCUCUACGUAUAUAAUUUAUGCCAUAAAAAUGUUAGGGUAUUUUAUUUCAUUUAAAACUAUGGCUAUGUGGGAAGUAGAUUGCUUAAUUAGGAGAAAUAAAUGAAACUUAAAAAAAAAAAAAAAAAAUCUAGCCCUUGCUUAAUGCAGAAGUUUUUGUCAUGGCCCAGAGCAAUGCAGAAUCAAACCAGUCUUUGGGGUUUGUUUAAAAAACAAAUGCCCGUCCAUGCAAAAAAGUUGAAUGUCUUUCCUAUUAAUUAUCAUUGUUAUUAAUUUUUUUUCCUAAAUCAUAAUGUUGUAGAUGUUCUUUCAAUGGUUGUAUGUGGAAAAACAUUACUUUCUACUAGUCUGGGCCACACAAUCCAUGUUGCAUAGUUGCCAAUAUUAAUUCCCUGAGUGUGGGACGAGCGGGGCUGUUCUCUGGGCCGGGAACCGCUGCACCUGCAGAGGUCUGCCGUCACGCAUGACGUUAAACCUGGCUCCGCGGGCAUGAAGCGUGUGGAGACCGUCUCGUCCUUGCCCUGCUGUGCGGCCCCCCGCAACAAUCUCUUUCAAUCACUGCAGCUGACAUGGGACUCCUCUGGGUUUGCAAGGGAGGUGGGCGUGCAGGGCGCCGGGCAGGAGAUCGGAGCUGCCCCGCUGUCCCCGCGUGGCAACUAUGCGUUCAUUUCCAUGUCAUUCUGUUUACUUGGAAUUUGCACUACACGUGUUGUGAGUGUGUGCUUUUAUUUAUUUGUAGUUUGAAAUCCCAUGUCUGAAAGAGAGAGGAAAGAAACCCAUUUAUCUAGUGUUUUUCACUAACAUGGGAGGGGAGUUGUGGUGAUUGCAGAGCGCUGAGAUCAUCUUCAUACACAGUGAUGCGAUAUUUCACUGUCAUUCCAUCAGGAGCCUCAAUCCUGUAGCAAUAAAUAACAGUACAGAUAUGUUUCUAAUAUACAGUACAGCUACUUGUACUGUUCUCUGAAUACUUGAAGAAAAUGGUAUUAUAAAUACGCCUAUUAGCUAUACCUUUUUACAAUCUUACCAGUUCGUGGCAACUAAAGGAGCACACAGAGGCGAUGAAUGGUGGGAUGGUAGUAAGUCUUCGAGUGUAUGAAUGAUUUGGUUUAAAUGUUUUUGGCAUUGAAGAAGGUACAAAAGCACUGACCGGAUGAUUAAGCAUAAUUUAAUCUCCACUGUGAUAAAACUUAAGCA